UUCACCGGAUGUUGUCGUCAGCUGACAGUACUUCCUCCUUUCUCGCGGAUUUCUCUUGAAUGAUUUCACCCACAAUUAUCUUCUUAUUCAUUUAAAAACAAGCUAAACACAUUUCAUGUGGAGGCGACACGAAGAUACAUGAAAUGUCUGCGAAACCAACGUGUUUGAUUGUGGCCAGUGCGUCUCCUCAAGGAGUGUCAGCAGCAUCUUUCCAUCAGUCCUUCAGCCUCUGUUCCUCUGUGUUUAACCUCCAGACAGCCACACCUGGGGGGAAGCCGAUAGACUUUGUUGGAGUCGAUGAAAGCACAGCUAGAUGGGUGCAGGACUUCAACGUGAAACCCUACGCAACACCAGCUAAACUUGAAUCUAUAGAUGGUGCUCGAUAUCAGGCGCUGCUCAUCCCGGACUGCCCCGGAGCGCUGAAUGACCUGGCACACAGCGGCUCUUUGCACCGCAUCCUCACACACUUCAUCUCUCAACAAAAGCCUGUUUGUGCAGUGGGACAGGGAGUGUCGGCACUGUGCUGUGCCACUGAGGGACAGAAGUGGAUCUUCAGCGGCUACAGCUUAACAGGGCCGUCAGUGUUCGAACUGGUGCGUAGGCCGGACUUUGCCAACCUGCCCUUGGUCGUGGAGGACUUUGUGAAAGACAGCGGUGGAUCAUACACAGCAAGUCAAGAAGAUGCUGUGCACGUAGUCAUAGACAGACACCUAAUAACUGGUCAGAAUAUGCAGUCAACCUCACUUGCUGUAAAUAAUCUAAUCCUGCUCUCUAGUGCCAAGUAAAAAAAAA